AUGGGCAAGAUUCUUGGAAGUAUUCUACGCAAAAUACUUCCCAGAUUCAUUGCAGGAACAGAAGACAUCAGAAUUCAUACAUCUAAAAUUGUAGAAAAGGGGAUUAAAGUCUCGCGUUCCGGGGAAGCAAGCCAAAAGAAGCGAUUCUGGGAAAGAGACAAUAGAAGACCCGGUGUUGCACCUCCUAAGAAGGUGAAUGCGGGCACAACCAGUUUAGGCCAUCAAGGUCUUACCAAUCCCCGAGGUGGCAUUAUUCCAAUUUGUCCUACUUGUGGGAAGGCUCGUUGGGGACAAUGCCAUCAAGACACGGGAGCAUACUUUAAAUGCGGUCAAGUUAGCCACUUGCUGAGGGAUUGUCCAAAGUUGACCAAUCUUACAGCCAACCCUUCUGGCCUAGUCAGAAAACCCACAGGACCUGGAGGAGAGAGGAAAGACCAAAAACCCCAAGGAAGGGCUUUCGCCUUGGUACCUGGAAAACCAGAAGUUACCGAAAAUGUUGUGUCAGGUAUACUUUCUGUCUAUGGGCAUUUAGCUCACAUCCUCAUUGACUUUGGGUCAACUCAUUCUUUUGUUGCACCAUAUUUUGUUGCCAAAUCAUGUACUAUAUCCUUAGAAAGCAAAACCUUAUACGUAGACUUGAUUCUCCUCCGCAUUGGAAACUUUGAUGUGAUCUUAGGUAUGGAUUGGCUGCUUGCCAACCACGCCUCUAUUGAUUGUAAAACUAAAAAGAGGCCCCCCACCGUGGAUGCAAUCCCCGUGGUUCGAGAAUUCUCGAAUGUCUUUCUUGAAGAUCUACCUGGUAUCCUGGUUGAUCUGGAAAUCGAAUUCACCAUUGAAACCCAACCUGGCACGCAACCAAUAUCAAAAGCUCUUUAUCGCAUGCCAAUAACAGAAUUGAAAGAACUGAAGACUCAACUCUAG